GCGCAACAGCACACCCACCCGACGUUCACAAUGAGCAGCGAGACUGACUGCAGGAGCACGCCAUCCUCUAGCACCUUUCUCGACGCUAGUGCUCCUGUUCACCCUGCAUGCGUCACCACACUGCCCCCAAGCUCCACUGCCUCGACAGCCGCCGCCAACGCCCAACCCGUGCACGAAUUCACUGGCACUACGAUCUUUGCACCGCCGCCCGCGCCUACCUACCGUUACGCGAUCUCGCUCAAGCACGAUAGGCUCCGCAUCUGGCUCGAGGACUGCGACAGCAAGAAACAAUGGAGCACAUCUGAGCUAGGCAUUGAAGCCUACGUUGACCCGACGAAUGCCAUCCCGGACGCUACUGCUUCCGAUUACCUCGAGUGUUUUCGCGAGGUGAUGAAUAGUGCUGGAGAAGGAGUUGGCAAGAUCGCGAGCACGUUCAGCCGCGUCAAGGGCGAUACCUUUCGGUUGGAGAUCGCUGUAGCCAUCCAGGUGCUGCGUAAAUCCCGCGUGAUGUCGUACGCGUUCGUCUUGGAACCGAUAUCGGUGGAACGUAUUGACGUGCUAGAGUCCAGAAUGAGGGACAUGCAAGGCGAAAUGGAUAAACUGCGCCUGGAAGGUGAUACGAAAUCAGCUACGCUUCAGACGGAAAUCCGAAAUGAACAGGAAACUGUUGUGUUUGCCCAGUCGGUGGGGACCAGUCGAGUGGGUGACAUCAUCCGCUGGAACAGUAGCAGCCCCACUAGUGUGUUUGGAGAUGAUGGCUCGAUUCGGAUGCCGCUUCCGGGACUGUACCAGAUUCUGACCGUUGUCAAUCAUCAAGCGAACCGUCCAGCGGAAGCCAUUCAACUGAUGAAGGGCUCUGCGUGUAUUCAAGUCGCAUGCUCUGGCUACGCGCAGGGGAACUUGUGCUCUACUAGCCUGAUGUGCGUUACGCGGAUCGACAAGAACGAUCAACUUACGGUGAAGUGCCCGACCGAAGUCGUUUCCAGCAGCGCAAUUACACUCAUUCGCCUCGGGAGAUGA